AGUCUCAGCGCAUGCCCACUGUGUGUGCAUGUCUGUGUUUUGCAGCGGGUCAGACGGUUCGUGAGAGAAUCUGGAGUGAUGCAGCUCCUCACAUCCUAUCCACCAUUUCCACUGGGUUUUGGCUCCUCCAGUCUUUGGUUGCCAUGGCGAUGACGUCAGAUUGCACCGCCGUUUCAGGCCAGUAGAGAGAAUCUUAAAGGCGGCGCAAAAAAGUCCUGCACAAUCGGCUGCAACAGGGAGCCAUCAUCCUGUGUAUCUCCGGCGCUCAGAUUCCCAGCUCCUACUCGACCAUCCUCCCAUCUCUCUGCCCAAAAUGCGCGAGAUUGUGCACCUGCAGGCGGGCCAGUGCGGAAACCAGAUCGGAGCAAAGUUCUGGGAGGUGAUCAGCGAUGAGCACGGCAUUGAUCCCACUGGUACCUACCAUGGAGACAGCGACCUGCAGCUAGACAGGAUCAGCGUCUACUACAAUGAGGCCACAGGUGGGAAAUAUGUGCCCCGUGCCAUCCUAGUGGACCUGGAACCCGGUACAAUGGACUCAGUCAGAUCUGGACCAUUUGGGCAAAUCUUCAGACCAGACAACUUCGUUUUUGGUCAGAGUGGAGCUGGGAACAACUGGGCUAAGGGUCACUACACAGAAGGAGCGGAGCUGGUGGAUUCUGUCCUGGAUGUGGUUCGGAAAGAGGCCGAGAGCUGUGAUUGCCUCCAGGGCUUCCAGCUUACUCACUCGCUGGGUGGAGGGACUGGCUCUGGGAUGGGCACCCUGCUCAUCAGCAAGAUCCGUGAGGAAUACCCCGACCGCAUCAUGAACACUUUCAGCGUGGUGCCUUCUCCCAAAGUGUCCGACACCGUGGUGGAGCCCUACAACGCCACCCUCUCUGUCCACCAGCUGGUAGAGAACACAGACGAGACAUACUGCAUUGACAAUGAAGCCCUCUAUGACAUCUGCUUCCGCACACUGAAACUCACCACUCCCACCUACGGAGAUCUCAACCACCUGGUGUCGGCCACCAUGAGCGGGGUCACCACCUGCCUGCGAUUCCCCGGCCAGCUUAACGCCGAUCUCCGUAAACUAGCAGUAAACAUGGUGCCAUUCCCCCGUCUGCACUUCUUCAUGCCAGGGUUCGCCCCCCUCACCAGCAGGGGUAGCCAGCAGUACCGCUCCCUCUCAGUGCCUGAGCUCACCCAGCAGAUGUUCGACGCCAAGAACAUGAUGGCCGCCUGCGAUCCGCGCCACGGCCGCUAUCUCACCGUCGCCGCCGUCUUCAGGGGUCGCAUGUCCAUGAAGGAGGUGGAUGAGCAGAUGUUGAACGUGCAGAACAAGAACAGCAGCUACUUUGUGGAGUGGAUCCCCAACAACGUGAAGACCGCUGUCUGCGACAUCCCGCCACGUGGCCUCAAAAUGGCCGCCACUUUCAUCGGCAACAGCACGGCCAUCCAGGAGCUGUUCAAGCGCAUCUCCGAACAGUUCACCGCUAUGUUCCGCCGCAAGGCCUUCCUCCACUGGUACACAGGCGAGGGUAUGGAUGAAAUGGAGUUUACUGAGGCCGAGAGCAACAUGAACGACUUGGUGUCUGAAUACCAGCAGUACCAAGACGCCACCGCGGAGGAGGGCGAAUUUGAAGAGGAGGGAGAGGAGGAAGUCGCAUAAAAUAACCUCGUCUCACACAGCUGCCAUACCUCAUUUUACAUCACCCAUCUCCUAGCCCUUUUUUUACUCCACCCUUCCCUUCUGAAAUGGAGAAGUUCUCCACAUUGAGCAAACUAGAUUGCUGUUGCUUUAGUGUCAGAUGUUGAUAUUAACUAGUACUAGUGAUGUGAUUGGUUUACAAAGUCGUGUAUGUUGUGAAAGCACUGGAUCGUUGAGCUCCAUACAUUUGUCUUGUCAUUGCCUUGCUAUUUUCAAAAGCAAGUGAUUUUAACUGUGAAGCCUUGAAAGUGAAGAAUUUAAUAAAAUCACAUUGAAAGGCCUGU